AGUGGCCAGACACCAGCAACAUCAGAGCUGAACUUCUUACGGAAAGCGCAGACGCUGGAGACAUACGGAGUAGACCCUCAUCCAUGUAAGGAUGUAUCAGGAAAUGCUGCAUUUCUGGCCUUCACUCCUUUUGGGUUUGUCGUUCUUCAAGGAAACAAGAGGGUCCACUUCAUUAAAUGGAAUGAAGUGACCAAGCUGAAAUUUGAAGGAAAGACUUUCUAUCUAUAUGUAAGUCAGAAAGAGGAAAAGAAAAUUAUUCUCACAUAUUUUGCUCCAACUCCAGAAGCCUGCAAGCACCUCUGGAAAUGUGGAAUCGAGAACCAAGCUUUCUACAAGCUGGAGAAGUCAAGCCAAGUCCGCACAGUGUCCAGCAGCAAUUUAUUCUUUAAAGGGAGCCGGUUCCGAUACAGGUAAAUAGUGACAUGGCCGAGUUGCAAAAGAAGUAAUGGAAUCAAGUGCCAAGAUCAAACGGGAACCACCGGAAAUACACAGAGCAGGGAUGGUUCCCAGCCGGAGUUGUCCCUCCAUAACCCAUGGCCCGCGACUGAGCAGCGUCCCCAGGACCCGCAGAAGAGCUGUUCAUAUCUCCAUCAUGGAAGGCCUUGAGUCCUUAAGGGACAGUGCCCAUUCCACCCCAGUGCGUUCCUCUGCCCAUGGGGACACCUUCCUGCCACACAUGAGAAGCAGCCGGGCAGACAGCAAUGACCGAGUAGCUGUGAUAGCGGACGAGGCCUACAGCCCUGCAGACAGUGUGCUGCCCACCCCUGUGGCUGAGCACAGCCUGGAGCUGAUGCUGCUUUCCAGACAGAUCAAUGGAGCCACCUGCAGCAUUGAGGAAGAGAAGGAGUCAGAGGCUAGCACCCCAACUGCUGCAGAGGUGGAGGCCCUGGGAGGAGAGCUGAGGGCCCUGUGUCAGGGGCACGGCGGGCCAGAGGAGGAACAGGUGAAUAAGUUUGUUUUCAGUGUCCUCCGUUUGCUCCUUGUGACCAUGGGACUCCUCUUUGUUUUGCUCCUCCUCCUGAUCAUCCUUACCGAGUCUGACCUUGACAUUGCCUUUUUCCGCGAUAUCCGCCAGACCCCCGAGUUUGAACAAUUCCACUAUCAAUACUUUUGUCCCCUCAGGCGAUGGUUUGCCUGCAAAAUCCGCUCAGUGGUGAGCCUGCUCAUUGACAGCUGAGAGGCAUGACUCCUCCCAAUAACUAGCCAGGUGGACCAAGGAGCCCGGCUACCCAUUCCCAGCAAUGGGACCCAUCGCGGAACCAUCAGCACACACACCAAGUCCUCUCAUGACUCAAAGUCCACUGCAGCCUAGGAGGGUUGUCUCCCAGAAGAAGAAAGGGAUAGGCCUACACCCUGUUAAACUGGGAAAACUCAUUUUUUUCAGAGGUUCUUUCAAGAAAGGCUCAGCAACUGUUUCUCAUCCUUCAAUUUGCAGUAUAAUUUUUGGUUUUGAUUUUUCGUAGAUGUACAUUAUUUUGGAAGUAUCCAAAUAAAAAAAUGAUUUAUUUUAUUAUUACUGAUUAUCACAGUAGUGUCACCUAGCAAAUGGGAUGCUAGUUGAAGUCUAGAGAGCUGUUGUCCUCUGUACUCACAGAUUUCCUACUGGUGCCACUGGGUUCCAAGAGACUCAUCACGGCAACCUUGGCAGGGCAGGCCAGGUGUCUUGGACAACGGAGACUGUUUAGGUUUUCUUGCAAGGCAGAACUUUUUUAAAAAAAGUAAAUAUCCAUGUAGAAUGAUUAAAUGGAAAGUUGCUUCUUA